AAUCUUUGUACCAAAACAUGAGUCAGUUCGCAGCAAAGCGGAGUUCUUUUUGCCUCGAAAGUAUUAAAAUCAGUUGAAGAAUAGUGUCAGUGAUAAGGACAACACUCCAUUCGACGUAUUGCGACGCAAUUCAACCAAUAUUUUUUUCGGCGAAUCCCGGACAAAGCAGUAUUUCUAAAGGCACUUUUUCCAACUGAGGCCAAAGACCUCCCUUCAUAUGGCUUCUGUGCGUUUCAUGGACUCAUAUUUCCUACAUUUCGAAUAAAAUCAUCGAUUGACCGAUUGAGGCUGGUCCGUCAGUCUACCAGUGAUGCUUCCAAUCUACUGUCCUACGUCCAGAACCUGAUUGACGAUGUCGUCGGAGGAGUCAAAAUCGCUUCUAGGUAGCCAACCAAGUACGUCACAAGAGUACGGUAGUGUUAGUAGUGAGGAUUCCCGCGCUUCGGCAAUCACUCAGGAGAACGAGAUGAGACCAUCUUUGCCGUUAGUGCAUAAGAUCGCCUUCGGGAUUGGCCACGUGUACAACGACUUAGCGGCUGCAGUAUGGUUCAGCUACACACUCCUCUUCAUGCAUAGUGUCAUGAGUCUCCCAGGACCGGCUGCGGGGGCACUCGUGAUGUGGGGCCAAGUCAUGGACGCUGUAGCGACACCCAUUGUGGGCCACCUUAGCGACAAGUAUGGCUCUAAAAGACAGUGGCAUAUUUCUGGCAGUGUUUUUGUAUUCUUCUCUUUUCCGGCAAUUUUUGCUGUCUGCCCAAUGUGCAAUAAUACCAAUCUUAUCUGGGAAUGCAUCUACUUUGCCAUUGUGAUCUUAAUUUUUCAAUCGGCUUGGGCUACAGUGCAGAUCGCUCAUCUCGCUAUGAUUCCCGAGAUGUCUCGUAGUAAUAAAGAUCGUUCUGAUCUCACUGCGCUACGUUAUUCUGGCGCAAUCGUGUCGAAUCUCAUAGUUUAUGGAGUCACUUGGGCCGUUCUACAAAAUAGAACUUCAUCCAGCACAGCAAUUGGACCCGCAGAUGCCUUCAGGUUUAGAGAUCUAUCGCUAAUCAUAACCCUCGUCGGAGUAUCCAUGACGGUGCUAUUUCAUUUCUCACUGGCCGUGGCGAAUUAUGAGCAAAGACGUCUCCAAGCAAUUCCCAAUCAGCGACAAACGGCUGUGACAAGUCCUGAUGAAACCGAUCGUCUCAUCACAUCAUCCAACCCAAAUGAAGAUGAUCAUAAUGUAACUGUGAUUACUGGGAGGGCCAGAAAGGAUUUUCUGAGAAAUCCACUUCUAUACCAAAAUGCUUUGCUGUACGUCUUUGCUCGGCUCUUCAUGACCACAGCGCUAAUCUACAUUCCUCUAUGGAUCGAUGAGAGAUCAGCCAUCCCAGUGGCAAAUGGAGAACCUUCUCCGGAUAAAUCUAUAGACCAUAUCGCAAUAGUGCCUUUAGUGUCGUUUGUGGCAUCUUUUGUGGCAUCUCUAAUCCUUAAGAGCCUGAAUCGUUUUAUUAGUCACCAAAUGGCUUAUUUCGUGGGCUCACUCGUUGGCAUCGCUGGCUGUGUACUCGUAAUCCUGGUCUCACCAUCAGCUGCAUUGCUAAUCCUUCUUGUUGUAGCAGUCCUUUUCGGUACCGGAAGCUCAAUCACAAUGAUCAGCAGCCUCUGCAUCACCGCUGAUAUGGUAGGAGAGAACACAGAUUUAGGUGGAUUUGUCUAUUCCGCUGUGACCUUUGCUGAUAAGCUGAUCACGGGAGUUGCAGUGCUCGCUAUUGAAGCCAUGAAAUGCGAUCGACAAAAAGAUUGUCCAGAGUACUACAAGGAAGUCCUCUCCUUUGCCUGCGGAGGAGCAGCCUGUCUUGGUAUUGUUACGCUAAUUUCUCUUCAAAUCACAAAAAUUUGCUGUCAUCGCUUUAGAAGGACGGAAGCUACAUGAGUAGAAUGAAGAAUUGAGGAAUUCAUAGACUUCCUCAGAAAACAUCCCAAAAGAGUAUUUCUAUCUAUGGAAUCGGUAUUACAUAUUUGGAACAUUAUUAUUAUUAUUUAAUACUUGUUUUAACAACAUAUUUUAUUUACACAACGGUUUAUCAAUAA